AUGGAGCCCCAGAACCCUGCCAAGAGGACUAAGCAAGAACGAACCCUCAUUGGACUCGUUCGGAAUGCCGCUGAGUCCACAUCCCAGUCAAUUAUAGCCUAUAGAUCAGAAGAGACCGUGGAAGAUCUUCUGCCGACAGUCGUGUUAUACUCAGACUUGUUCUGCCUGGCUCGUGCAAAUGCUCAGACCCUGCAACGUCUCUGCCUGCCAUCUGAUAGUAACGCCGAAGAACGACGAGUUGUUCUGCUGUGCCUCGACAACAUUUUGGACACCAUCAUCUGGCUUUGGUCGGCUGUGAUCGCGGGACAAUUGCCGGCAAUCUCAACACCGUUGGUUCUUGAGCCUGAACGAUCAGAGUACCUCUCACAUCUACGCAUCCUAUUGAGGGACCCGAUAUGCAUAGUACCUCAGUCUCUAUCAGGCGCAGACAUGAUACAGGACUUCACUACGAUGUUGCCGGUUAGAAAGACAACUUCCCAAAGUCUUGCUACCAUGAGUCGAUCAAUGCCACUGUUACCUCUACCUGAAUCUCUCUCCCCCUUCGACCCGGCGGUCUUGAUGCUGACAUCAGGCACGACUAGAAGAGCUAAGGCCGUGCAACUCAGUCAUGCCCAAAUACUGUCUUCACUAGAAGGCAAGGCCAUGUCUGUAAGAUCCCACAACGGCGGUCCCUACCUCAAAUGGAUCGGCAUGGACCACGUAGCAUGUCUGACCGAGAUUCAUCUCCUCGCCAUGUAUACGGGUCUCUCCCAAGUGCAUCUUCCGGCGGACGAGGUGCUGUCCAACCCUGUGCAGCUGCUGAACAUAGUCAGCCGCCACCAGGUUUUGCGAACCUUUGCCCCUCAUUCUUUCUUGGCGAAACUGUCCAGGGAGCUUACGUUGGGACAAUCCUCGUUGCUAGAUGGAGAUCUAGAUCUUGGCUGUCUGCAAUGGCUUGGCUCGGGUGGGGAGCCAAACACGGUGGAUGUCUGCGUGAUACUCCAGACCCAGCUCGAGGAGUACGGUGCUUGCAAAGACAUCAUCGUCCCGGGGUUCGGAAUGACGGAAACUUGUGCUGGGUGCAUCUACAACACGGACUGCCCGACGUACGAUCGAGGACAAAACCACCAACAUGUUGCCGUUGGCAAAGGCAUCUCUGGACUACAGCUGCGAGUGAGACUCUUAGAUGGCAAUUAUGCAUCUUUAUUUGCAAAUGCCGGCCAGUUUGGGCUUUUGGAACUCUCCAGCGACGUGGUAUUUGGCGGGUACUUCAACGAUCGCGACUCUACUGCGGCUGCGUUCACAGAAGAUGGCUGGUUCAUUACCGGCGACCUCGCUUAA